AAAUGAAAAAGAGGAAGGAGUACUAACAUUCGCUUUUGAAUCGGACGUCAGCUUCGUAACAGUUAGGCCAUGUGUCGUGCCAUCAUUUCCACCACGUCCCUCUCUUGGCCUUUCCUCGUUAGUAUUGAUUGAUUGAUAUUUGAUACCCACUACCCUCGCUGUAUAAGAAACCUUCAUAACACAAAUAUUCAAUUUUCCUCUUUCUCGCCGUAAAGCUACUGAGAUCUUACCGGUGAAAGGUUUUUGAUAGCUGCUGAUAACUUUGAGGUUCGAUCGUAACCAUGACUGGUGCUAACAACCAGUUGAUAUAUGUUAGUCCCGAAGAGCUCAAAUUCCAAUUUGAGCGGGAGAAACAAAGCUACUCUGAUCUUAAAGUUACAAACAGCACAGAGCAUUAUGUUGCUUUCAAGGUGAAAACUACUUCUCCUAAAAAGUACUUUGUUCGGCCAAACACGGGUGUCAUACAUCCCUGGGAUUCAUGUUUUAUACGAGUCACCCUUCAAGCUCAAAAGGAGUAUCCCCCGGACAUGCAAUGCAAGGACAAGUUCCUCUUACAGAGCACCAUUGUGAAUAGUGAUGCUGAUGAACUUCCUCCAGAUACGUUUAAUAAGGAUAGUGGAAGAAAUGUAGAAGAGUGCAAGCUUAGGGUUGUUUACAUCUCUCCUCACUCAUCUCCGGGACAUUCUGAAGAUGCGUUUAAACAAAGUUCUGAUGUCAACUCUAGUCAAGCAGUGCAGCGUGCCAGAGAUGAAAGGGAUGCAGUUUUCCGACAAACACAGCAGCUGCAAGAGGAACUGGAAGUACUGAAACGACAAAAAAGGCGGAGAAGUGAUGCAGGCUUUUCUCUAAAGUUUGCACUUCUGGUGGGACUCAUUGGAUUAGUGGCUGGGUUUCUGUUUACGCUGUUGAUGUCUUCACCUUCUACAGAAUAGCUCAAGUCCCCUCGUUUGUGGAAUCACAGUUAUUCUUUUAGUUUACUGUAAAAUUUUCUAGUGUUGGUGAACUGGAGAGCUCGCUGGCUCUGUUCUUUCUCUGUAAAUUGAUCAUUUUGAUGAUAUAUGAUUCCCUGUAUUCGUUCUCACCA